AUGCAUCCAGAAUUUGUGAGACAAAGAGGGCGUUUUGCUGGUUUCUCGCUCUAUGUGUCAAACACAACUAUAAAGGAGGAUGGGUAUCUGUGUUACAAGAACGGACAGGAGUUACCGACCUUGGAUUUCGGUACAACUUGUGUCAAACAUGGACGUUACGUUAUAUUUUAUAAUGAAAGACUUGACGGAACGACUUAUCCUACCGGAUAUCAAACAUCCUAUGUUUACACUGAAUUAUGUGAAGUAACUGUAACAGGAUGUAAAGAAUCCGGUGUGUAUGGAAAUAACUGUGAUUUACCUUGUCCAAACAACUGUCAGGAAUUAAGAUGUGACAUUGUCAACAGAACGUGUUUGGGUUGUACUGCAGGAUGGAUGGGAGAGUUUUGUAAUGAAUCCUGUCCAGCUGGAUAUUACGGUCUACAGUGUACAUCUAUAUGUACUGGACACUGCAGAGACAACCUGUCCUGUAAUCACACCACUGGACAAUGUGACUAUGGCUGCGGUAAUGGAUGGACAGGAAUAGAUUGUAACACAGAUAGAUGA